AUGGAAAAUCUCAGCACUCAUUUCGCCCAGGCCAGAGGCUCUGUGGCAGACACGCUCUCGCAAUUAUACGCCAGAUUCGAGCACCACGUCCCGGAAAACAUCGAGCAUUCUGUAAGACAGUACAUCGCCAAUAUCUCGGGAACAACCAGGGAGGAACUUUUCAGCGAUAUCCGUAGUCUCCAGUUCACGCCCGCCACGGUGACGUUGGCGCUUGUCAUGAUGCCCACAAUAUUUUUGGCUCAAAGACUUGUGUCUUCAGGUAGCUCUAACCAGGCCGCGGGGAAAAGGUCGAAGACCAAGAAGAAGAAGCCCUCGAAGGCCAAGGUGGCCAACAAGGAAAUCCAGCGGAUUCUCGACCACGUUGAAGAGACGUACGUGCCGCAGAUCGAUAGCUACAUCGAGCACUAUGCCGAAAUGUCGGAGGACGACAAGCAGUACAAGUUCAAGUACUUCGAGGAAAUGCUUUUGAAGGAGUUGAUGAACCUAGACAACGUGGACGUGGUCGGGAACGACGUGUUGCGCGACAACAGGAAGAAGGUGAUUCGGUUCAUCCAAGACCACCAGAGAAGAUUGGACAACUUCAAGAAGGAGGCGCCGGACUCCCGCUAG